GCGACGGUUUGAACCUCGCUGCCGUCAGACGUUUUUGAUCAGAUAGAGUACAGCCCUCCGCUGGUUGGACCGUCCUUGGAAGCAUCGGUUAAGGAACUCAAUUCAGCUGAAGCGGCUCUAAAGAGGGCCAAAGGAAACAACAGCUUGACACGCUCCAGGUCACGUUGGCCGCGUCAGUGUUACUCUGUGUUUGCUGUGUUUUGUCUCAAAUAAUAAUAAUAAUAAUUCAGAGAGAACCCUUCAAAUCUGUGGAGGGGAUCGAGCACUUGAAGGAAGUCUUGAAUAUCGCAUCCUGAGGAGAAGCGAUGGAGGAGGCGGCGGCUGUGUUUGAGUAUCACAAAGAGGAAGACACUGUGGACGUCGAGUCUUUUCAGGGAGGAGAGAAGCAGGCGCUCAUUCAGCCAACGUCUUUAAAAGACCCCAAACUCGUAAAACUAAAGGAGGCACUGGUUUACUGGAUCAAUAGCACUUUGAAACCAGAGCACAUAGUGGUCCAGAGUCUGGAGGAGGAUCUGUAUGACGGACUGGUGCUUCAUCACCUGCUGUCCAGGUUGGCCGGUGUGCACGUGUCCGUGGAGGACGUGGCGCUGACCAGCCACUCUCAGGUCCGCAAGCUGGGACUGAUCCUGGAGCAGUUGGACAAGAGACUGGGCCUGCAGGACAGCAGUCGGAUCAAGUGGAACGUCAAACUCAUCCACAACAAAGACCUCCUGGCCACCAUUCUUCUGCUGGUUGCCAUGGCGAGGGCGUUCCAGCCUGAACUCGAAUUGCCACCGAAUGUGACGGUUGAAGUUGUGGUUGUGGAAGUGAGCAGAAGCGGAAUCAAAUCCGACGUACACACGGAGGUCCUGACGGAUGAGAGGGAUGCAGGCUCAGGCUCCCAAAGCAAGAUUGAAAGGGAGGACCCCAUCGAGCAGCUGAUGAAACUUGAAGCUCACAAGGUCGACACGGUGAAGAAGGCCAUCUUACACUUUGUGAACCAGAAUAUGUCGUCCAUGGGUCUGCAGGUGGCUGAUAUGGACAAACAGUUCGCUGACGGCGUGAUUCUGCUGCUGCUGAUCGGACAGCUGGAAGGCUUCUGUGUCCCACUGGGCCACUUCAACCUGACUCCAGUCAGUCCCUCAGAGAUGCUUCACAACGUGACCUUGGCCUUGGAUCUCCUUCAUGACACGGGCCUCCUAGUGUCCAGUGUUGAUCCACAAGAUAUUGUUUCUCGGGACGAGACCGCCACCUUGAAGGUCCUGUACUCCCUGUUCAAGAAGCACAAAGGGAAAUGAGAGAGGAAUAAACCCGAGGACACUCAAGGACAGAGACGAAUAAAAAGUGUGACACGGCUGGAUUGUGGCACUUUUAAUUCUUGCUUUAGAAAUCCAUCGUCAGUGUGAAUGGAGCGCCCUGCUUCCUCCGUGUGUUCCUGCUGACAGUCUGUGACCUCCUCCAUUUCUAAUCAGUGAAUGCUAUUGUCAUUUCUGUCAUUUUUUAUUUAUUUUGUUGCCUUCGAAUUGUUCACAAGUCAGCAUCACAGACAUGUAGGCAGCGAUGGAGGAAGGCUCAGAGAAUGAGAGACAAACAAUAGCAUUUUUGCAGAUUUAAAUACUGGGGAAAUCCAUAUUAUUAUGCUUUUUGUUGGAAAGAUGUGAAAUGUCUUGAUUUGAAAGAAAUGUACUCUAACCAACACUGUCACUCUGGUUUAGUUUUGUGGAUUUAUCUCGUAUAUUCGCGACCUAAUGUGUGGAUUUCGUUGUUUUUGUCUCCAGGUUAAAGGAACUAUAAACAGUAACAGCAGCGACAGUCACACUUCUUAUUCGCUUCAGUUUUCAUGCAGAUCUGUUUGUUGACAUUCAGGAAGCCAAUUUAUUCGUUUCCACCAGUGUGAUUGAAAAUGCUCUAAAUUCACAUUUUAUUUCCCCUGACAUUUCAAAAGAUUUGCAUAAAAUUGGCUUGGUGGUCGGAUGGAAACACAGCUACUGUAUCGAGAGAGAAGACGGAGACGCUGAGGUGUGUGUUGCUCGUGUUCAUCGUGUAAAUUGGUCAUUUCAGAGGGCAUUAAAGUAUUAUGAAAUAAAAAAUGGCUCAUCCUAUAUGUUUUCCAAUUUACAGCCUAUACACAUCCCAAAUGAGAGUAAAUAAGAUUUUUUUUUAAAAUGAAAUUGCACGUUGCUUUAUGAAAAGCAGAACCCAUAGUACACGACCAAACCAUUAAUGAACAAUAAAGUGCGUUAAAUUGUCAUUUUAUGGCCUCUCAAGUAUACAUUUUAUUUCAUAAUUGGGUAUUACAUAUUCCAUUCAAUCAUAAAUUGUUUGUCAUCUCUAACAUUAGGUGGUUUAUAAUAAUAUUAUCAUUACAUCUUUCUGCAUUCUGUCUUUUAUGUAGCUUUAUUCGCCUCUUCUGCUCUGUUUUGUAACUAUUAGGGAAAUGCAAGUACUUAUUCAUCAAAUGUUUUGAGCUUAAGGACAGUCUCUAUGAAGGUUGCUAAUAUAUUUCAAAAAUAAUAAUAAAAUGUGUUUUAUUGUUGCAAUAAAUGGCUAACACCUUGGUGCCUAAA